AUGAAAAAUGCAAAUGUACCAUCCUUUGAUGCCUUCGAUGCGCUGAUGAUUGAAAUAAUCAAAUAUUCAAAUUCCGUUUCAAGUGAUGAUUCGGAUAUUCGUUUUCUUGAAUCCCUUGGUGUAAACGUAAGCGAAAAGUUAAUCGAAAAAGCUACAAAAGAUCAUGCCAGGUUUAUCAAUGAAUUAGAUAUUGUUAAAUAUGUAUGCACAGAAUUUUGGUCAUCCGUAUACCACAAACAAGUUGAUACGCUUAAAACCAAUUACCAAGAUGUUUACGUUCUGAUUGUUAAUGAUUUUCAGCCUUUAGUGAAAUUCGAAAGUAUCCCAGAAGGCAUAUCAGAAAUUCCAAAGUAUCUGGCGUUCCCUUCAGGACUUUUGAAAGGAGCUUUAUGUAGUCUAGGAUUGAAUUGUGUUGUAGCAGCAGAUUGUGAACAACCACCUACAUCUGUUAUAUUGCUACUCUCUGUUUUCACUUUCCAACCAUUUCAGCCAGAACAAGCUAGUUUAAAAGCAAAGCAACUUUUUCAAAUUACUAAAGGACGCCGAAUUAUUGUGGACUCUUCUUUGCCUUCCGGAGAUGGUACUUCAUUAUCAACGUCUAAAUGGCAAGGUGGAAGUGAGUCAGCUGUAUUCAAUCAAUUGGAAUCAAUUGCUCGUAGUCCAGAGCCUCGUACACCAUUUUUAAAUGCACAACUAACUCGUGCAUUGAAUCCGAAACUUGUUAAGGAUGAUUUUUUACCAAGUCGUGUAAAUUGGGUUGUACAAAGUUCUGCUGUUGAUUAUUUACAUUGUAUGCUUGUUUUAAUGCGUUGGCUUAUAAAUAAAUUUAAAAUUCCUGCACGUUUAUGUAUAAGUAUUCAUGAUGAAUUGCGAUAUAUUUGUCCAAAAUCACAUAUGUAUCAAGUUGCAUUAGCUUUGCAAAUUAGCAAUCUACUGACAAGGACAUUCUUCGCCUAUCAAUUAGGCAUGCGCGAUCUCCCGGAAGUAAGUUUCUUUUCUUAA